UAUUUGUAAUCAUACAAGACACGACAAAAGGUCUCUCCUCCUCUCGUCCACCUUUCAACCAAGGAUAUUACAGCGGCGUGAGGGACUGUAGUAUGUGGCACGUUUUGUGGUGGUACAUAGCCCCAGCGUUCCCUUUUUGGACCUCGACCGGUUAUCUAUCUAUCUUUCCUGAGACCUGGCGUCAGAGGAAUAAUGUCCUAUUUCUCCUGGCUACCUCAAGAACUAAUUGACUAUAUCCUUGAUUUCUUGAUCAAUGACGCUCGGUCCCUCAAAGCCUCCUCUCUGGUCUGCCGUUCUUUCCUCUAUCGAACUCGUGUCCAUCUGUUCUGGCGAUUUCGCAUCACUGGUACCCGCUCCUUUAGCGAGCUUCACGAGAUGUUCCGGAAGUCUCCCCAGAUACCUCACCAAAUCAGACAGUUAACCCUUCACAAUGUUACGGGCGAUAGAGUACGAGACUCCGAGCACCUUUCUCCUGUGAUCUCGUCGUUCUCUUGCUUGCAAACCAUCAUAUUCUUCAACAUUAAGUGGACAUUGCUGCCACAGGCCUCACGAGACGCACUCUCUUCACAUGCAUUCCAAACUAUCUCCUUGCAUACCGAUAUGACCACAUCCGACUUACGUUCCCUCGUCUCUAGCUCUCACGACAGCCUUCAUAGGCUCGAGCUAUAUAAAACACAAGUCACCGGGUCUUUUCGGCGCAGCGUAGGAUCCUCUCCACGCAUACGGAUUCUAUCUCUAUAUUAUGUGCCUCUUUGCUACGAGUUGUUUUCACAGACCCUACCCUCUUUUCUUUCAUUGGGGCAUCUCCACACCCCACAUGUGCUGUUGCCCGAUCUUUCCUCAGCGCGUUGUCUCCAAAAGGUGCUCAGAGAGCAGUUUUGUUCACUUCAGCACCUUGGAGUUACACGUCCACCGAAGUUUUCUGAUUUGGAACGUCUUAACUCGUCUCACUGCCUUCCAAUUUCAGGGUUACUAUCCCUUAUCGUGGAAAUGUGGGACUUCCAUGAUCGUCCCAUUGAUCAACAUCUGCAAUGGUGGAUAGAGAAUAUCAGGCAAUGCUCAGUGAUCGAGCGGGUCACCUUCCGCCUUCCAUUGUAUGACUAUUUGAGCGAUUACAGUGCCUGGAAGAUUUUGGAUAGCUAUCUGUCUGAGGGGGGAAGUAAUCCUUGUCUCAAAGACGUCGUAAUUGACCUGGGCGCAAACUGGUCAAUGAGCCCAGUCGUCGAACCGGCCAAGCUCGCCAUGGAGAGUCAGUUUACGGAUAAGCGAGUUCGUGUUGUGGUUACAGAUUAGUAUAGGGACAGGCACGUUUGGACGAAUAGUAGUAACUUGUCAUCCGUGUUCAAUCCAAGACUGGUCAUUCCAGCGGGAAGCUGCCAUUAGUGGAUUGUAUGUUUCCUUGUUUCGCUCGCAUGUGCUUGUGACCUCCAGUAAACUCAUAAGCAACCUUGAUGACCCGGUGUUUUUGCAGCGUCGUUUGGGCGGUGAACGGUCACCCGGAUGUCAUCAUGAUACUGUUAUUGAUUGAUAUCUCUGAAGCUGUUGCCCUGCUUUGUCCUCUCCUUGAGGCUGUGGUG